AACCUUCGAUUUUCAAAUUCGUUUCUCAUCGAGUAUUUAACAAAAUGAAUAAUUAAGCACACGUGACUGAGUUUGAAACUUAACAGCAAAGACAAAUUAAUAGUCAAUUUAAAAUGUUAUUGGGAAUUUCAUCUACAUGGACUAACUAGGCGUAGAAGGAUUAAGGAGAGUUAUUUAAUUGGAUCAAAUGAGCCAAAAUGAUUUCAAAUCUCAAGAACCAGAGAUUCUGCAAAUGAAAUUCAAAUAAUUCUGAUCCAUUUUCGAGAAUUCAAAAAAUAAAAUAAAUUAGUAGAUAAAAAUGAGACUAUCAAAAAUCGCCUAAAAUCCAGCUCUUUAUUCUUAACUGCUCCACUUUGACUCUUUAAAUGUUACAUUUAUUGAAUAUUUAAAACAAUUUAUCAUCCAUUUAUGCACCCAUUUCCCCCACGUUACCUUCUCUCUUUUCUCUUCUUUUUUUUUUCCCUUCUCUCAUUCUUUCUUUCUUCACUUCUCUUUUCUUCUUCUUCUUCUUUUUUUGUUAUUUUGUUUUCUAUCAAUGGGGCUGGUAGCAGGAAAUGAACAAGAAAAAUCCCAGUUAGCAAAAACGAUUUGUGAAUUAUCAGCAUGUGCAAAUCCUCAUCAUCCUCGUACAAACAAAUCUCAUUUUAUCAAUUGGUAUCUUGUGCUUAAUGUUGAUGAAAAUGCAGAUACAUGUAUAGUAAGAAGGCAAUAUCAUAAACUCGCUCUGCAGCUGCAUCCUGAUAAAAACAGCAACUCCAUGGCUGAAACUGCCUUCAAACUUGUAGCUGAGGUGAAAAUUAUGUUCAUAUUCAAAUCUCUCUCUCUCUCUCUCUAUCAUGUGAAAAACUCCACUGCAUGCAUGGCACAGGCAUACUUGUGCCUAUCUGAUAGCACAAGAAGGAGAGCAUUUGAGACAGAGAGGAAGACCAUUUCUUGCAUCAAAUGCAACCCAAAUUCUAGCAAGAAAAUUGAUGCAAAACCAAGUCAAGAAGCAUCGAGAAAUAGUCGACUCCUGACCCGCAUGAGAGAGCUUCGCGCCCGACUAGCAGAGGAAUCCACCAUCAUCGACAAGUGUUUGAUGGCCAAUGCUGCAUCGAGGAGAGAACCGGCCAACGCCCUUGGAACACGAAAAGAGUCCCCGAUUUUCAACCCGUCCGACUACCAGCACAAGAGCUAUCCCCAUCACCGGACGGCAGCCGGCCAAAAGAGGCUUGAAGAUUUGAGGGCAGCCCUCAAAAUGGGAAACACAAGCUUUCACAAUGGAGCAAAUCAAGACUACCCAAUAUUUCAAUGUAGAAAAGAAAGAGUUCCUUCAAUGUCUAGAUGUGCUAGUACCAGAGAUUAUUGAAUAAUAAUACAUUUCUUUCACAA